AGUACAAGGACGUCGACAUAUGUCUUCUGAUGUACUCAGCAAGCGAUCUGAGUAGUUUCAAAAACUUGACGUAUUGGAUAUCCAAGUUCAAGAAAAAAGCGAACAUAAAAAAUGCCGAUACGUUCCCUUUCGUCGUUGUUGGCAACAAGCAGGUCGUCCCCGAUUAUGCCAGACUAAUUUCAAGAAAAGAAGCGGAUGAUUGGUGCUGGAACAAUGAUCUUUGGCACUCAGAAAUAUCAACCAAAGAGGAGCCCACCAUCAACCGAAUAUUUGGAGUAGGAAUGGCAUUCUAUGAGCGUCGAAAAGCGGAAUUGGGACAGUCAAGUGGGACUAUCAAUCGCAUCCUCAUUCCUGAUGUUAUUAUAAGAACAAUGACAUGGUGUCGGCACUUCAAAAANUUGGUGCUGGAACAAUGA